GUAAUAAAAACAAUGACAAAAUCAGUCACAUUAAUAAUUUAGUGCAAAAUGUUUGUGAACAUAUUAUCCUACUUUGGUAUGAGCUUGCAGUCUGAAGUGUGCCUGUGGACUCUGCUGGGCCUUGUGCGGACGAUCUUCGACGCUACACUCUUCAAAGUGAACGCCAAUCUAAAACAGGUAUGGCAGAUGACGAUGCCGCCAGAGCUGUCGCUGCCGCUGCAGCGCGUGCUCCGCACCGUCAUAUCCGGCGUCAUGCUCGUCCAGUGCUUCACAGUCUAUGUCUAUCUGGCUUCAUACAUAGUCUUGCUUUAUCCUGUAUUCUUGGAAGAACGACCAACGUUGGUGUUACCUUGGCUGCUAUUAGCUGCCAUAAGAAAACUUUUAUGCGAACUGACAAGCCUGGCACUUGGUCUUGGAACAUGUGUAGUUCUAGGAGCCGCCAGGCCUCCUUGCAUAAAAUUCGUCAUUCUUAAGGCUAUAUCGAUUAUGCCGGCUUUUUAUAUGUGGAUGCUUAUCUACAGCUACUACGAUUCCCUGAAAGUAUCUUCUGUAUUCAAAAAUUUUUCAAUAUCACAUACAGAUGACAAUGAUUACGGACUUGAACUUGCAAUUCGCAGGCGACGAACUAAGUCUUUGCUUGGAGAAGAUCAACUACGGAAGCUAGUUAUUCCGUUUAACAAUGAAUCUCUAGACAAAGAAACACAUCGCCCUAAGAUAAAUUUCCAGAUACAUGACAGUUCUGGAGAUCCAUCCGUAUCAGGCAUAGAAAAUGUAAAAGGUGAUUAUGACAACACAAUGCAUUUAUCCACAAUUUCUCACCGUAAUAUAUCAGAUAUAGGCUGUUAUGAAGACUGGUUUGGAAGCGAGGUGAGAAUUCCUCGAGAUACCGAUCGAAUCUUAGAACAGUUUGGGGUAAUGAUGCUAAGAAUAGGCGCCUACUUAAACAAAUGCUCAACGGAUAACGUACCGAUAUUCCCAGAUUCGCAAUCUUUUCUUAUAUCAUCUAAACGAGACGACAUUGACUGUACAACGUUACCCCCUGAAGAAGAAACUCCGAUCUCAGUUGGAAACAGUAAAGUUAAUACUUCUUCAUACAUUCAUGAAUAUCCUCAAAUUUUCAACAAAAGACAUUCAGAAGUACGUCUUCGUCUUCGAUCUGACGAUAAAAUUAAUACAGUCCAAAGGUCCUAUCAAGAUGAUAAAGACGACAAGACUCUUAAAUGUAAUUUUUCAGCUGAUGAUAAUAUAUCAGUACAAAGUAAAAAUAUCGCGAGUACAUCUGAAAAAUUGAGAUCUAAUAGCAAAGGAUCCAUUAUUUCACAAAAGAAAGCAAAACAAGAUAAGUUUAAAAAAAUACAAGAAAAUGUCAAAAGUGAGCCUAUAAUUGAAAAUUCGGAAAUGUCGAUAAGCCACGAUAAGAAAAUAGUCCAUGAUGGCUUACAAUCUACCUUAAGUAAUAACCAGCUGCUUUCAAAUACUCGAUCUUCAGAGGAAGAUAAAAACGAUUCGAAAGCAGACCAUUCAUCUCAGACAUCAGUAGAUUCCACAAGAAAAGCCACGUCAAGUAAAAUGAAUAUACAAGACAGCAUUUAUAAAAUUUAA